CGCGGGUUGGGUCCGUUGGUGGGUGCGCGUGCGUGCGGUUCGACCGUUACCGGCGGCGUUCGCGACCGUUGCGCUGAGGUAAAUAACGGACCGCCUCCUGUCGCCCGUCCCCCAACGAUGCUCGCCGUCGCGCUGCGCGUCGCGGAGUGAAGCCGCCGCGGUCCCUUCGUCCUCGCUCCCUCCCCCCUCGAAGCGGCGAGGCUCGCCCGCCCGCCCCGGCGGCGACAUGGGCGAGCGCGGAGCCGGCGAGGAUGUCAACUCCAACGUGCUGGUGGCCCGCAGUACCGGCGACGCGGAGCUCGACAAGGCGGUGUGGCAGUGGCUGAGCUGGGACAAGAACCCCAAAACAAAAGAACAGAUUGAAAGCUUGCUACAGAAUGGAAAGCAUAAAGAGUUACGAGAUCGCCUCUGCUGCAGGUUGACCUUUGGGACUGCUGGGCUUCGCUCUGCAAUGGGAGCAGGCUUUUGCUACAUUAAUGAUCUUACAGUGAUCCAGUCAACACAGGGGAUCUACAAGUAUCUUGAGAGGUGUUUUUCAGACUUUAAGCAGAGAGGCUUUGUUGUUGGAUAUGACACACGAGGUCAGGUGACCAGCAACUGCAGCAGUAAGAAACUUGCAAAGCUCACUGCAGCAGUGCUCCUGGCUAAAGAUGUACCUGUGUACUUCUUUUCAACAUAUGUCCCUACACCCUUUGUGCCCUAUGCUGUUAAGCAGCUCAAAGCUGUUGCGGGUGUGAUGAUCACAGCAUCCCAUAACCGGAAGGAGGACAAUGGAUACAAGGUUUAUUGGGAAAAUGGAGCACAGAUCACGUCUCCUCAUGAUAAGGAAAUUAUAAAAUGUAUAGAAGAGUGCGUUGAACCAUGGAAUGGCUCUUGGAAUGAGAAUCUAGUAGAUACCAGUCCCCUUAGACAAGAUCCUCUGAAGAAAAUUUGUGACUGUUACAUGGAAGAUCUGAAAAAGAUCUGUUAUCAUAGGGAGCUAAACAUACAAACAAGCUUGAAGUUUGUUCAUACUUCAUUUCAUGGUGUUGGACAUGACUACGUGCAGCUGGCUUUUAAAGCAUUUGGCUUUCAGCCCCCCAUUCCAGUACCUGAACAAAAAGAUCCCGAUCCGGACUUCUCUACUGUCAAAUGUCCAAAUCCUGAAGAAGGAGAAUCUGUGCUGGAGUUGUCACUGAGGCUUGCAGAGAAAGAAGGUGCUAGAGUAGUAGUGGCCACUGAUCCAGAUGCAGAUAGAUUAGCAGUGGCAGAACAACAGGAGAAUGGCUGCUGGAAGGUGUUCACUGGCAACGAGCUAGCAGCUUUGUUUGGGUGGUGGAUGUUUUCUUGCUGGAAGGAAAACUGUUCCAAAGAUGCUGAUGUGAAGAAUGUUUACAUGUUAGCGACCACAGUCUCUUCUAAAAUUUUGAGGGCAAUUGCACUUAAAGAAGGAUUUCACUUUGAAGAAACACUUCCUGGUUUUAAAUGGAUUGGAAGUAGAGUAAAAGAUCUCCUAGAUACUGGAAAAGAAAUUCUUUUUGCCUUUGAAGAGUCUAUUGGGUUCAUGUGUGGUACGUCAGUGUUCGAUAAAGAUGGUGUAAGUGCUGCUGUGGUCAUAGCUGAAAUGGCAACUUACCUGGAAGGCAAUAACCUAACACUAGCACAGAAGCUCACCAAGAUAUAUGAAACGUAUGGAUAUCAUAUAUCAAAGACUUCCUAUUUCUUGUGCUAUGAUCCUUCUACUAUCAAAAGACUAUUUGAAAAGCUUCGGAACUUCGAUGGCCCUCAGUCUUAUCCAAAGUUUUGUGGUGUUUAUAACAUAUUACACGUGCGAGAUAUUACCACUGGCUAUGAUAGCAGCCAGUCAAAUAAGAAAUCGGUGCUGCCAGUGAGUAAAAGCAGUCAGAUGAUCACUUUCGCGUUUCAAAAUGGUUGUGUUGCCACCCUUCGAACAAGUGGAACAGAACCAAAGAUCAAGUAUUACGCAGAGAUGUGCGCACUGCCUGAACAGAGUGACAGAACCUUUCUUGAAGAAGAACUUCAGAAACUUAUUGAGGCUUUAAUUGAGAAUUUUCUUGAACCCGAUAAGAAUGGACUGAUCUGGCGUUCUGCUUAGAGCUCCUAUAACUGGUGUUUAAAGAAGUGGCCUCUUGUGCUGCGUCACGUGAAACCAAGGAACCAAGAACAGAACUCCGUUUAACGUGUGUAUGUUUAAACAAACAGCUAAAUUUCUACCUACAUAGAAGCAGCAUUAUUUUGUCAGCUUUUUCACCAAAGUCCAGGCUAACAAACUGCAUCAAGGGGAAAGGAAAUGAAGGAGGGGGAUGGAAUUUAUUAACUAGAAUUUUGCAUUCUUUUGACCAAAAGGUUAAUUGAAUUAUGCCAACGUAAAUGAACUCCUGUAGUAGGUAUGAGACACCUGAUAUUAGCCACUGGUCUUUGUCUUAAACUAAUUUCAAGUACUCAGUACUUUUUUGUGUGAAAAAGUUCUUAAAUCUAGUAUUCGUAGUAUUUGAAGGAAGUGAUCACACGAAACUGGCAACAAAAAGUCUGCUUCUUCGUAGCUGUUGUGUGUGAAUGUAGGUGUCAUUAUUACAGGUCUUAAUUUACAAAUAUGUUAAAGUAGAAUUCAGUGCUUAGGAUUUCUUGUUUAGGCAAGUUGUUCCUAUAUGACUUUUUUCAGAUGCAUAAAUAUCUUUCUGUUGUUAAAGGUGCUCUUGGUGCAUUGUAUCUUUCCUCUCUGUAUCCUAAAAUGUUUACUUGACAGUGAAAAUAGUGGCAACACAUGCAGUUCCACUUGCAGUCUGGUUUUUCAGUUGUGUAGUGCCUUUCCAAGGCUUCCGAGUGAAUAGAAACCUGUGCAUUUCUUGGUUAAAUUGCCUGUUCUGACUACUGUAGGCUACGUAAUCGUUUUUCAUCCACCUUUACAUCCCUGAAGGAACUUAAACUUUUUUUUAAUAGAGGUUUGGGGAGUUCAGUAGCUUUUAAAAAUUCCAGUUAGUGGCUUUUCUGGUUUUAACAACUUGAAUUCACAGUGUCCUUAUGUAUGAAAAACGGAAGAGAGUGGAGGUGAGACACUGACCCCCUUGAUUUUUUUUUUUUUUUUUUUUUUUUUUUGUUGUCACACCUUGAAAACUAAUUCCUGUUAGAAUAGUGGUCUGCAAAUACGGUUGAUCUUUAUCUUUUAUUUCAAAUUUUUACUACUUCUCAUUAGGUUUUUUAUCUUUGGUUGAGUAGAAAGUGAUACUACUAAGCAUUUUUUUUCCAAAAGAUAGACUGAUGUAGAAAGUUCUCAUGUAGCUUGAUAGCUAGUGUUUCAGAAGAUGAAAUCCAUGUUUUUGGCAUAGAAAAGCUGUGGAAGAUCUCUUUUGACUAAAACAACACAUUUAGAAAAACUGCAUAUUGAUUAACUGAGAAUAGCACUUAUUAAUGUGUGCUACCAAAUUACUAAUAUAAGCCUUCAGAACAAGGUCAGUGGCAUUCUGGACGUCUGUUUGCUCUCACAUUACAGUAAUUAAAUACAGCAAAUAGAUACAACUGAACAUUUAAACUCUGUAUAGAAGAAUACGUAAGAAGAAUUUAAGAUUCACUUAAGUUAAAAAUGUUGUUUUGCCACUAUUGUUAAACCUCUAAAUCUAUCCUCCAUCGUAUUAUACCCUUACAGCUUGAUGCCAUAGGACUGUGCAGAGUGGUUUUAUAUGCAUUGCAUCUAGAUGGCUUUAAAGAGCACUGAAGUUUGUGUCUGUGUGGGUGUUGGAUAUUUCAUGCUGACAGAAGCUUUGCACUAUAACAGUGAAUAAGUAUUUUGCUGUAUAUGAAUGUACAUGUACUGCAGAAGGUGUGCUGCACAAAUUUUUAUUUGUCGCCAAUAUUUAUUUAUUUUUAAGAGAAAAUAUUUCCAAAUAGUUCUGCAAUUGUGUGAAGUGUAUCGAAUGCCAAAAAAAAUUUUUUUUUUUCUUAAUUGUAUAUUUGACUGAUGUUGUGGGGAAAAUAGGUGCAAGCAUUUAAGCUUUGAGUGUACUCAUGAUAUUGCACAGCUUUGGGGAGGUGUCAGAAGGUGCAAAGGCAUGUCUCUGAGUGCUGCUGUGUCUUCAGUUGCCACAAGAAGGUGCUGGUUUGGAUCCUGCUCUGACUCCACUAAAGUUGAAGGAGGUUCUGUAGUUUGUUUCAUUGGCAGCUGACUCAAGGCCUUAGGUGUUUUGGAUUUUGAUUUUAAAUAUCUAGUAGUAGUUCAGAAGAGAGCAAGUCACUUCAGAACAUGAUUUUGAACAAUGAUAAACACUGUAAAAAGCUUAUUGUGUGUGAUUAGCCCAGCUUGUGUGUGCGUUGUAGUAGUGGUUAGUAUUGGGAGUUACAUCUUGUGAGUUACGUUUUGCUCCCACGAAGAGCAGGAAUCUGCUAUUUCCCAGAGAGGUCUGCUUUAUAUCAGUAGGCCAGAGGUAUAAAUGUAGUAAAUUGUGGUUAUAUUUUUGAAAUCGGCCUUCUUAAAAGUUGGUCGUGGCCUUCUUAAAAGUUAGUCACUGUUCAUGGUCAGAUAUCUUUAAUGAAAGCAUCCAUGAGGAGUUAAGUUCUUCUCAUCAGUACAUUGAGGCCCUUAUUAUUUGAGCAGUAUGUUAUAGAUGUAGUAGUGCUUUUGAAAUGACAGCAACAGGCACAACACAUUGAAUGUAUUUUAAGGGUAUAAUAACUAUUGCUGUUUUUAAACUGCUGCUACCCUUGUUUUCCUGUUGUAUUUGAACUGUUUGAUAUAUUUAUACCGUUCCAUUUGUGGAACAUUUUUCCUUUUCUCCUCCCUUUUGUCUUACCUCCCUUCUGUUACUGUGAAGGACUAUAGUUCUCUUAUUUCAUUGCUCUGUAACUUUGUUAUACACGAUGUUAAGAGUUUUUGGACUUGUGCACAAUCUUUUCAGUUGUUCAUUCUUUACUACUUUUCAAAGAAGAACAAAAGACUAUCAAAACUUGAGCAGGAGGCAGGUAAUAGAUCAAAAUACAUUCUGGAUGUUACUUAUUAGGCGCUUCCAAUUAACAUACACCUUUUCAAAGGUUGGUCUACAGCAAGCCAUCAGCUUAAACUGUAACCAUACUGCCAAUGAUUUAUUUUUAUCAUUUGUUAAAAAUGAGAGUGCUUGUUUUUUUUGUCUUUUCCCUUUUUGAUGAGGUGGUCUUAAUCUGUCUCACUCAGAUAACUGGGAUCCUGCCUGAAUAGGUUUCCUAUUCUGUAACUUUAAAUAUCUAGCAUUUCUUUUGUGUGUGUGUUCAUUUGUAUCAUCAAUAUAGUAAAGUAAGAAUUAAAAUUCUGUGUCUCUGUUUCAGGCAUUGAAAUGACUUAAAACAUGCAGUAUGCAGUGCCUGGGUGUCUUAUCUGCCUUGGGUAGUUCUUGACUAAUCUCAGGCUGUUGCUGUAUCUUUAGUCAAAGGAUACCUGCAUGUUGAAAAUUAUAAUGGCGUUCUCUGAUUUAGCAGUAGUCAGGUUGCACUCUUUGUCCCAUGUGUGCCUGUUUCCUAAAAUAUUAGGGACUUCAGUUCCCAUUUUACUAAAACUAUGUGUAUUUGUGAAUUUCUCAAAAUAUUGAGGGGAAAAGCCACCAGAUGGAAUGAUGAUUUCUUUUACGUAGAAUGGCAUAGAAGUUGUAGACUGUCUUUGGAAAGCUGUUUUGUUAAUCUAGAAAAAAUAUUGCAGUGGUGUUGACCUUGGCACCUCGACAGGUACUGAUGCUUGCUUUGAAUGUGGGCUCCUGUGUCUGAGGAACACGUCAUGAAGACCUUUGCAAAAAAUGUGGUGUAGCUACUGCUGGUUACAGAAUAUCUCAGAUCCAGGCCUGGACAUAAAGAACUGAUUCCAGGGCAGAAGGAGAUGAGAUGCUUCUAGAGGCUGGAUGGUGGAGGUACAGCUUGUCACAUCGGCAUAGUGCAGUGGCUGUAAUAGCUGUUACACGAAGCAUUGCAGGUUAAGAAUCCUUAAUCUUAGCAGAGGGUUUGGUCUGCCCAUUUCAUCAUGCCAAGCCCAAUUUUUGUCAUGCGUUAAAUAGUAUGUGCUGUUUCUUUAAAGCAACAAAAAAUGCCAGAUGAAUAAAGUUGAAAAUUAAUUGAAUGUUCCCUUUAAUCUUAAAGCUACUUUUGUCAACAUUUCAUUCUAUCUUUUCCCCUGUUCCCCUGUUCCUAACGUACAAGAGGGGAGCUGUUUGAUGAUGCCUGGAUGAUUUGGAGUUCAUCUUCACACUGAAUUCCUGGUACCUGGUACAUUUUGUAUCCUCCCUCACCCAUUGCGUGCUCAAAAGUAGCUUUUGUACAAGGUAAUUGAAGCUCAGUAUCUGAAUUUGCAUUAUUCUUGUCUAGAAUCCUGGGGAGUUGUAUAUCUAUACUCAUGUUUAUCCAGUGUCUGGUCUCCUGUAAGAUUAGGGCAUAGUAUAAGUACAGAGUGAGAAUUUGCACUUUUCUGAAGUACUUCUGUGUGUAUUGCUAUGUGGAUUUAGCUGAAUAAAGUGUUGUAAGUAAUAAAA